GAUAAAUACGUAAAUAAACAUUUAACAAUUGGAUUGUAAUGAAGUGUUGAUAUGUCAUUUUACACAUUUCUACGACUAUCGAUAAGUUUUAAUCGAUUAUGCAAUAAUAAAUAAACAAACCCUCAUCAAUAACUAACACCACAAAGAUUGUUGAUAUUUUUACAGCUCCUAUUUUAAAAUUCUCUAUACACAUUUCAAAUUUUAGAAAUUUGUGCUUAUUGAAGCUUUUCACUUACAAAAGCAAAUAAUGAUGAACACUGUGAAUACAGAAAGUUGUCAAAAAAGGUGUUUUUUAUGUCGGAGGAAAAUCUUAUCUACGCAAAAUCAGAGACUCGUCGAUAGCAGUACAUGUCCGGCAUCAAAGAAAUCUUUUAAGGAUGUUUUAUCUUACUUAGCACGUCACGCGAAUUCUGAGCUAUAUAUUGGCUAUGGCGAAUCUGUAUGCACAACAUGCCAUUUUGAUGUGGUGGAAUAUGACACUUACCUUAUGAAAGCUUUAAAGAAGCAACGUGCCCUUCUUGAUUUAAUAGAAAAAGCAGUUUUGGGAGUUGAUUCUGAUUUUGAUAAUGAAUUUGAUUCGGAUAUGAGCGCACUAGAUGAAUUGACCAACGACCAUUUCUUUGAUGAUGCUCAAAUUUCGGAUACUGAAAUUGCGCAAACCAUAGAUGAUGCUAUUGGAGAAAAAUCGGAGAACCGUUCAACAAGUCCAUGUGGAAUAAAUAAGAGAAAUCGUACGACUGGUACUAAGUGUGAUUUUUGCGCCAUGCGAUUCCAAACAAAAUCAGGGUUAAAAAAACAUAUAACAAAUGCACAUAAAAAAUUUAGCUGCGAAUUGUGUAAUUACAGUCAUCGUAAUGAAGACUACGUAUUGCUGCAUAUGAACACGCAUGAUGGACGAAAUGAGAACCAAUGUCGUUUUUGUGACAAAGAAUUUUCAACAAAAAUUAGCACAAUUCGUCACAUGGAAGUACAUUUCAAUUCCAAAAAGUAUCAAUGCGAUAAGUGUGGCCUCUGUUUUUCACAAACAACCGUGUUAUACAAUCAUAAACUACAACACGAAGCUGAAGAACAACCACUUCAGUGUGAGGUUUGUUCACAAGUUUUUAAAACUAAGCGCACGUACCGUCAUCAUAUGAUAACACAUCGGGCGGACCGGCCUCGUUAUAAAUGUGAAUAUUGCACUAAAACAUUUACAGAAAAAUAUACUCUUAAAGUUCACAAACGAACGCAUCCUGAAGCAAUGAAUUCCAGCGACGUCGCUCAAGUAAAGGAGCAGCAACAAGAUAUCCCACCAGAUAACGAACGAGUACAAACCCAGGAUAUCAAAUUCAAUUGUGUAAUUUGUGAUCAAAUAUUUACAGCUAAGGAUCAUCUAAAUAAACAUAUGGAGAAGGAACACGACGUUAUACUUAAAUCCUUAACGAUCAAUAAUUUUUCUGAAUUUGAUGUGGUCGAUAACGAGUCAAAGAAAGCUUGUCAUAUAUGCGGACAAAUGUUUAGUGCCCAAGCAAAUUUAGACUAUCAUCUGAAAUAUGUUCACACGAGUACAUUUUAAAAAAAUAUAACAAUUGCUUCAUCAGUAA